AUGUCAAUGCACCGAUUAAAUAGUCCUCCGUGUAUGGGGCGAGAGCGCAACCGGACGUUGCGCUGGCUGAUCCUAUGGGGGCUUUUUGCUAAAUCUUUACAACAAGUCCAGCAGGGGCAGUCUGGUAACAUCAAUCAGAAUAUUGGCAACCCAGAUGCGGGGACGCUAUUUACAGGCACAGGAAGCAAUGUUUAUUAUGGAGGUCAGCAAAACCAUGCCAGUAUUUGGCAUAGGGUGAACCCGAACAUUUCAGUAAAUUUGGUCCCAUUUGGGCCUGAAGUCGGCGAUCAAGAAGUUAUACCUGGUAUGCUUACCUCUGGGCAGACCAUUGAUCUCCACAUGUUCUUCCCUUUCUAUGGAGGCUUGUACAAUUACACUACGGUGAGAUUAAUUAAUUGGAGUUAGAU